CGAAAGUCAGACAGCGCUUCCGGUGUCGCCACCUUCUUUGUCUCCGGCCCAACAUUACGACACCAGGAGGUUGUCUAUAUUUUUCCCUUUAGUUUUGAGGAUAUAUUUACACAUAUAUCCAUAAUUUUCUGAUAUUGAAUGACAGUCGACUCUGAAAUAUUUAUGCCUAAAAGUAAAGCGCCCAAAAUGGAUGACCUGGACUACAUCCCAGUAGACCUGAGCCCAGAGGAGCGCUCUGAGCUGGAGGACAUCCGCAGGAGGAAGGGCGUCCUGCUGCAGGAGAUCCAGAGGCUCAGAGAGGAAUUAAGAGAAGCCAUUUUAGAGGUGGAGGGACUGGAGACCAGCACAGAGGGCAGUAAAACUCUACAGAAAAGUAGGCAUGUGGCAAUGGGAAGGAAGAAAUUCAACAUGGACCCUAAAAAGGGUAUCGUGUUUCUUGUGGAGAACGAGCUGCUCAGACACACCCCAGAGGACAUCGCUCAGUUCCUUUACAAAGGAGAGGGCCUCAACAAGACUGCUAUAGGAGAUUAUCUCGGAGAAAGGGACGACUUCAACAUUAAAGUUCUUCAGGCUUUCGUUGACCUCCACGAGUUCACUGAUCUCAACCUCGUCCAGGCCCUCAGACAAUUCCUGUGGAGUUUCCGUUUGCCUGGUGAAGCCCAGAAGAUUGACAGAAUGAUGGAGGCCUUCGCUCAGAGAUACUGCCACUGCAACCCCGGCGUCUUCCAGAGCACCGACACAUGUUACGUGCUGUCAUUUGCCAUCAUUAUGCUGAACACCAGCCUCCAUAACCCGAAUGUGAGGGACAAACCUGGAGUGGACCGCUUCAUCUCGAUGAACCGAGGCAUCAACGAGGGGGGAGACCUGCCGGAGGACCUGCUCAGGAAUCUCUACGAAAGCAUUAAAAAUGAGCCCUUUAAGAUCCCGGAGGAUGACGGCAAUGACCUGACACACACCUUCUUCAACCCCGACAGAGAGGGCUGGCUUCUCAAACUUGGGGGACGAGUGAAAACCUGGAAAAGGCGAUGGUUCAUUCUCACAGACAACUGCCUUUAUUACUUUGAAUACACCACAGACAAGGAACCGCGAGGUAUCAUUCCUUUGGAGAACCUUAGCAUCCGAGAGGUAGAAGACCCGAGGAAACCGAACUGCUUCGAGUUGUACAUCCCCAACAAUCGCGGUCAGCUGAUUAAGGCGUGUAAGACGGAGGCUGAUGGGAGGGUAGUGGAGGGGAACCACAUGGUGUACCGUAUCUCCGCCCCCACACCUGAAGAGAAGGACGAAUGGAUCCACAGCAUCAAAUCUGCUGUCAGCGUUGAUCCCUUCUACGAAAUGCUUGCUGCCAGGAAGAAACGUAUAUCACUGAAGAAGAAAGAGGAACAACCAUAGAUGAUUCCCUUCAUUCAUCUUUCCCUGUCUUCCUCUCUCCUUGUCAUCUCUCCUUCCAACAUGGGACACGUGUUUCUGUCCCUACUCCUCACUACCUGUUCAUACAUUUUCUUACCUCACCUUCCCCCAAUCCCCAAAGCACAUCCUCUCUCUGAUACAAAGGCGCCUUUGCUAUGCCGUCUACCAGACUUUAGAAAGCCGCACACUCGCUGUGGCUGCCUCUGUUACCUUGGUCCUUACACUACUGCUAUAUACAACCUGACACACUACAGCCAGAGCACACGUCUGUUCCGUCUUCUCACCACAUUCCUCUCUCUUGUUCAGCAUUUAAGCAAACGAUGAAACGUGUCUUAGGCCGUGUUCACACUAAUGGAGAUGAUUUUGAAAAACAGGUUUUUCCUGUUUUUGCCUUUCAUCCGCACAUGACAAAAAAAUGAAGAUUUGAAAACCACACUGCUCUGUAAACAACAAAGGUAACUUUAAAAACAGCAGAAAGUUGCUCAGCAGAAAUGCGCAAUGCUGACGGCUGAAGCAGCUUGUACUUUAUUGAAGAAAUUUGUAUUCUUCUACUUUAUUGGCUUUUCAGUGUGUAUGGUGGACUUUUGGAGCACUAUCUGAAAAUACUAAUGUGGCCUGAAACCCUUUACGAGGUGUAUUUUCAUUAGCGUGAACAUGGUCUUAUUCAGGGUAGCAAGCAGCUUCAGUUCAUGUGAGGUCUUCUUUCACAUUUAUUGAUGCCGCCUAAAUGAGAAAUUGCCUUUCUUGAUUGUGCUUGCCCCCAGACAAAAUGUGAAUUCACUAAUCAAACAAACGCUACACAGAUUUAUUUUCAGUUAGAGAGAGAAUUGAGGAAUCAGUUGAAAUCAAAUGCAAACAAAGCAGGAAAUGAUUUCAGUUGACUGAGACGUGCCCAUUGCUUCCUAUAGUACACUCUAUAGCUUUGAUACACAUUAGUACUGUCUACACUUAAAUACUGUUACCAUAAUGUGAGGAAAAUGUCACUGCUCAUCACUGUUUAUAUUUACACAUGAAUUAUAGCGCCAAGUUACUGUUGAUCUUCAAGUACGGUCGGUUUUGAAGGCAAGAAGCUGAUUUAGGAGACAAAGACUAGUAACUUCUCUUGCAGUUAGCUGCUUGUUUCAGCUCACUGAGACAACAUAUGUGUUUCUUAGCAUGUUUUUUUAAAACAUGUUUCAGCAAUAGCGGAGUAGAAAACUGUAGUAUCAGUCCGGAGGCUUGUUAACAAUUCCUUUCUAACACUACACUGAGCAAUGAUCAUCAUGUGAUGUAAUGUUAUGGCAUGCCACAAAUCAUUUCCUUCCUGCUCAAGGUGAACACUGACAUCUCUCUCAUUUAGUAAUAACAUUUACCUGUUAGAAUCAGGUUUGUCCGCUAUAGUUAGUUUCAAGAAAUCACAAAGGCAGCUCAUUACAAUGUAUACUUUUUUUGUAAAUAGAUGUUAGCAUAUUUGUUUACGAUACACAUAGAAAUAAUUUAAUUUAUUCUUUAUCUUUUGUUAAAAACCAAUUUUUGUACGAGCUACUGUAGGACUGCAUGUUGAUAAACGGAGACAUCGGUCGUCGGUACCGACGCGUCGCCGAUCAUGCUAGUGCACUGAUUUAAAAAGUGUUAGUGUUCCCUGUUGACUAGAGGAAGAUUUACAGUUAAUGUGGAAGUUGAUUUAUGCAUAAAUUAUCCUGAUUGAUUGUUCUUACUUUGAAAAUUAAGAAGUUAUUGAAAAGAUGUUUGUAGUCUGAUUCCAGUGAAUCAGACUCAGUGAAGCACAAGCAGUGAUCUGUUGAACUAAUAUUCAGUAUAUCUUUGUUUCCUGUGCUGCCCGGUGUCCACCUGAAGUGUAAAGAAGCUCUUCAUCAGGCGAAAUAAAAAAAAAUAUCAUCAUACUACAGUAAACAAAACAAGGAACACUAAUAAAUCGUUGAUUCAUUAUGUGACAGUAAGAUUAUUCAGAUGUAAUGAAUCGGUAACAAUUUUAGAUUUGUGUCCAGUGAUAGAUUUAUUCAGUAAACUGUUAUUUUCAGAACUGUAUUGAAAAAGGCAUUUUUAGAUGGUAGGAAUAAUAGCAGCGCUACAGUAAAUGUCUUCUGCACUUUAUCAAUUUUAGCAUUUUGGAGUAAAAUGCUGUUCUUUUGACUGACAAUACUCUACAACACUCUGUAGCGCCCUCUACUGGUGAACACACACACAGCAAUAUGCUGAUGGAUUGAACCAUUAACUGUGUAGAACUAUGACGCCAUCCACUGGUCAGUUCCAGCUACAGCAGCAACAGUUUCUGACCAACAUGUACUGUAUUUUUGAGCUUAAUUUUGUUCACUUGAUAAAGAUCAUGUUGCAUGAAGCUGAAUGGGGUCUUUUCUCUGUUAUCGAAACACAUAGACCUUAAUUUAAAAACACAGCAAAUGAUUGGUUCUUCCCAGUACAGAUGUGGGGUCGCCUUUAACUCCUAUAUCUUUCCCCAAAUGUAAAACUGACAAAGGCCUAACUUGAUAUUUCCAUGUUAGUGCUUCUGUGUGUUUCGGCACAUCACAUGGACUGUCUGUAGGCCUUCACUCUCUGGGUAUUCUUGAAGUGCAAAGUUGCCAAAAAAAAUAACCCUUUUGGGACAACAAAUGUUUCCAUUAAACAAAAUAAUGAAAUGAUCCGACUGAAACUGGGGCCUCUGUCUCUGGUUCCUUUGACCCCAGAGCCACCUCUUUCAGAAAAAAAUGUGUUUAUUUUGUAUUUAUUUAUUUUUUAUUUACUGUGAGGUGAAGAUGGAUAGAUCAUCUGUAAAUGUAGCAAAAGGAAAAACCACAAAACAUUGGUGCCAGUAAACUACUGUGUAACAAUAAAGAGGUAAACGGAGAUGA